AAGAAUAAUUAAUAAACGCUCAUAUAAACAAAGAUUCAUCACAUGAUUGUAUAUCUACAUAUGCGUAUGUAAACAUGUACAAGUAUAAAACUUUGUAGAAGGCAAAAAAACAAAGAAAAAGCCGAAAAACAAAAUUGCAUGGAAAAAAAUAAAUAACUGAAACAAAAGAAAACCACCAAGAAGUGCUUUCUUUAACAGAGAAAGCUCUUCAAGAACCUUAAAACAGUUCUGUUCCAGAGUUUCCGACCAAAAGCCAGUUUCUUCUUUAUCUGAUAUAGAGAAAGAGAAACGCAUGGAAGAAGAUUUGAACCAGAUUGUUAAUAGUUGCAAUUACAAUGGAGAAGAAGAGCAAGGAGAUCCAGAGAGCAACACGCUGAACCAGCCUCUGGUUAAGGCUAACCGAACAUUAUCUUCAACUCCACUUGCUUUGGUCGGUACAAAGGUUUCUCACAUCGAGAGCUUGGACUAUGAAAUAAACGAGAACGAUUUGUUUAAGCAUGAUUGGAGAAAAAGAUCAAAGACACAAGUGCUUCAAUAUAUAUUCUUGAAAUGGACAUUCGCUUGUCUUAUCGGUCUAUUCACUGGUCUUAUCGCCACUCUUAUCAACUUAGCCGUUGAAAACAUCGCUGGCUACAAGCUUUUAGCAGUUGGCCACUUCCUCGCCCAAGAAAGAUAUGUAACAGGUUUGAUGAUAUUUGCUGGGGGGAAUCUAGGGCUGACGUUGGUUGCGUCUGUGCUUUGUGUAUGCUUUGCUCCCACGGCUGCUGGGCCUGGCAUUCCUGAGAUCAAAGCUUAUCUUAAUGGCAUCGACACUCCCAACAUGUUUGGUGCUACCACUAUGAUCGUUAAGAUCAUUGGAAGCAUUGGAGCGGUUGCAGCUGGACUUGAUCUAGGUAAAGAAGGUCCUCUAGUUCACAUUGGAACCUGCAUAGCUUCAUUGCUUGGACAAGGCGGACCAGACAACCACCGGUUAAAGUGGAGGUGGCUUCGUUACUUCAACAACGACAGAGACCGAAGGGAUUUAAUAACGUGUGGCUCAGCAGCUGGAGUGUGUGCAGCCUUCAGGUCACCUGUUGGAGGUGUGCUUUUCGCCCUUGAAGAAGUCGCCACUUGGUGGAGAAGCGCCUUGUUGUGGCGGACUUUCUUCAGCACAGCGGUUGUUGUGGUCGUUCUAAGGGAGUUCAUAGAGAUAUGCAACUCAGGCAAGUGUGGACUGUUUGGAAGGGGAGGGCUUAUCAUGUUUGAUGUCAGUCAUGUAACUUAUACUUACCAUGUGACUGAUAUAAUCCCUGUCACGUUGAUUGGUGUCAUUGGUGGAGUUCUUGGGAGCCUCUACAAUCACUUUCUCCAUAAAGUUCUCAGGCUUUACAAUCUCAUCAACCAGAAGGGUAAGAUCCAUAAGGUGCUUCUCGCUCUUACUGUAUCUCUCUUCACAUCGGUUUGCCUCUACGGUCUUCCUUUCUUGGCCAAAUGCACGCCUUGUGACCCCUCAAUAGAAGAGAGGUGCCCAACGAAUGGUAGAUCAGGAAACUUCAAACAGUUCCAUUGCCCAAAAGGCUACUACAGUGAUCUAGCUACUCUGCUUCUCACCACCAACGAUGAUGCUGUCAGAAACAUUUUCUCUUCCAACACUCCCAAUGAGUUUAGCAUGGGCUCCCUUUGGAUAUUCUUUGUGCUCUACUGCAUCUUGGGGCUGUUCACGUUUGGUAUUGCGACACCAUCCGGUCUCUUCCUCCCUAUCAUCCUCAUGGGUUCUGCGUAUGGCAGAAUGCUUGGUGGGAUGAUGGGAUCUUACACUAGCAUUGACCAAGGGCUUUACGCUGUCCUUGGUGCAGCUUCACUCAUGGCUGGUUCCAUGAGAAUGACUGUGUCACUCUGUGUUAUAUUCCUUGAACUCACCAACAACCUUCUUUUGCUUCCCAUUACAAUGAUUGUGCUUCUGAUUGCCAAAACUGUGGGAGACAGCUUUAACCCGAGUAUCUAUGAUAUCAUACUGCAUCUUAAGGGCUUACCUUUCUUAGAAGCAAACCCGGAGCCGUGGAUGAGGAACCUCUCCGUUGGUGAGCUUGGUGAUGCUAAGCCUCCGGUUGUAACCCUGCAAGGUGUAGAAAAGGUUGCUAAGAUAGUUGAUGUGCUAAAGAACACUACGCACAAUGCAUUCCCUGUUUUAGAUGAAGGAGAAGUACCUCCUCAAGUGGGUCUAGGAACUGGGGCUAUAGAGCUCCACGGGUUGAUCCUGAGAGCUCACCUAGUUAAAGUGCUGAAAAAGAGAUGGUUCUUGACAGAGAAAAGAAGAACAGAGGAGUGGGAGGUCAGGGAGAAGUUUCCAUGGGAUGAAUUGGCUGAGAGAGAAGACAACUUUGACGAUGUGGCUAUCACAAGCUCUGAAAUGCAAAUGUAUGUCGAUCUUCAUCCUCUCACCAACACAACUCCUUACACAGUCAUGGAGAACAUGUCUGUGGCCAAGGCUUUGGUGCUGUUCCGGCAAGUGGGACUUCGACAUUUGCUUAUUGUUCCGAGGAUUCAAGCCAUAGGAAGGUCUCCUGUCAUUGGGAUCUUAACCAGGCAGGACCUAAGGGCAUACAACAUUCUACAAGCUUUUCCUCACUUGGAAAAAUCCAAAGGUAGAAAAGCACACUGAAUUGCUACUUAAUUUGUUUUUACCUGUUGUCUGUAAAAAUGGCUAUGCAGCUGUGUUGUUUUCUUCCCAUUCUUGAAGAUGUUUCUGUCCAGUUUUGCAACUUUUUUCUUCAUACCAAACAGAAUGUUAACAAAAUUCCAAAAUGAAUUGUAAGUAUUCUCUUUACCGUUCAUUAAAGUGUAUAAGUGUUUUUCUUAUGUUGUGGGGAUCUCGAAUCUUGAUCGUAGUCUUCGAAUCCAAAACGUUUUCCAAUAAAAACUCUUCCUCGAAUUUUCAAUAUCAUGUUUUGCACGAUUUUUGCACGGAUCUGUUUGUAACUUGAAUCUUCAUAAAUCCGUUUUUGCACAAAUUUUGCACGCAUCAGUAACACACCAAUUUUUGACUUCAUAAUCAGUUUAAGACACUUAAUAAGGCUUAUAUAAAUGUUAUUCAAACCGCAAAACGUUAUUUUUGGUUAAUAAACCCUACUUCAUCGGAAUUUCCUCGGAAUAUUUCAAGAAAAUUCCGAGGACAACUUAUUUUUCCUCAGAAUUUCCUCAUAAUUUCCUCAGAAUAUUCCGAGGAAAUUCCGAAGAACACAAACCCUAUAAUCAAAACUUGUUUUUCCUCACAAUUUCCUCGGAAUUUUCCGAGGCUUUUCCGAAGAACACAAACCCUAUAAUCAAAUCUUUAAAUCCUAUUCCGAAGAAUAUGUUUUCCUCGGCAUUUCAUCAGAAAACGCCGACGGAUAGUGAGUUCCUCGGAAUUUCCUCAGAAAUUUUUCGAAAUAUUCCGAAAAGUUCAUUUUCCAUCGGAACGUCCGUCAGAAUUACGCUGUUUUCUUGUAGUGGGUAGGGACGAAGGAUAACUCCAACAACCAUCUCAAGUUUGUCCAAAAAGGUGAGUAAUACAUGGAGAAAGUUGAUCUGUGGUAUGAGAAGGGCAAGGACGGUGUGGAGAGGCAUGAUUGAGAGUUGAGAGAGAGAGAGAGAGAGAGUGUUGCCAAGUGAGAUUUCUUAACUUUGGGAAAAAAGGUUGCAGAGACGCGGCGUUAAUAUUAAGUCAAGAGAAGAAAUUUUGAGAUGACUAAAAUGCCUUUCCUCUGUAAGAAAAAAGACUAUGUGAUCUUCUUGGACGUAUGUGUAGGAGAGAGCUUAGUAAUAAGAGAGAAGUUAACCGUAACUUUUGCUUGCUUGUCGUAUAUGCCGGGAAUAAGUGACGUCCUGCAUGCAUUAAUGAUCUUCCGUAAAAAAAGAAAAUAAAGUUUGAAAUAAAGUUAGGAGACGAGGUUGCCUUAAUUUCCCUGUUUUGUCGCGCAUCGAAAUAGCAUAUCAUGUUAACGUCGUACUAUAGGGUGCUUUGAUCAAACGAGGGAAAACAAACAAUGUUUUUAACGGUGGAGGUGGAAAAAAAAUGGAUGGAGGAGGUUAAACUAUCAAAAAGAUGAGCUACGACCGGUCUAACAUUUUUGAUUUUUAAAUAUUUUGCUCUUUGCAACUCGAGUUCUACCGUUGUUAAAAAAAAAGCCGCUAUAGUAAUGCCACGUCAUAGACAAUCGAUAGUAUUUACCUCUGGCUGCUUGGUUUACAUUAUUUUAAGGGAAAUUAGGACUACUACCUAAGCUCUUUAGUCUAUUUAGGUAUAUACCAAUUGACACUAUUAAGACACUGUAUAUAAUCAUUUAUGACUCUGUUAUCCCUAUAGCUACUCUAAUACAAUAUCGUCAAAUCAGAAAUAUUAAUAUUACAUUACUUUACCAACUAUUUCAAAUUAAUGUUCACCUUUCUUCCUCUUUCAUAUCUUAUAUUUCGUUCUUUUUCUUCUGUAAACACUAUUAAGACACUAUAUAUAAUCAUUUAUGACUCUGUUAUCCCUAUAGCUACUCUAAUACAAUAUCGUCAAAUCAGAAAUAUUAAUAUUACAUUACUUUACCAACUAUUCUAAAUUAAUGUUCACCUUUCUUCCUCUUUCAUAUCUUAUAUUUCGUUCUUUUUCUUCUAUAAAUAGCUUCCAAUUACUAGAGGACAAAUUAUCCGGUUAACAAAAUACAAAACUGUAUAAGAAAUCAGUUUUCUAUAUAAUUUGAUUACACUUAUGUGAAGGUUUGGUUUCAGGAUUUUUUAUUGGGUUUAUGGUUUAGUAUUGAAUUUAGGCUUUAAUAACUAGGGUUUGGGUUUUGGGGUUAUUAAUAUUACACUUAUGUGAAGGUUUGGUUUCAGGAUUUUUUAUUGGGUUUAUGGUUUAGUAUUGAAUUUAGGCUUUAAUAACUAAGGUUUGGAUUUUGGGAUUACUAAUAGGUUUAGAGUUUAGGUUUUAGGAUUUAGUGACUAGGGUUUGGGUUUUUGGCUACUACAGUGAUCUAGCUACUCUGCUUCUAGCUACUCUGCUUCUCACCACCAACGAUGAUGCUGUCAGAAACAUAUUCUCUUCCAGCACACUGAAUUGCUACUUAAUUUGUUUUUUUUUACCUGUUGUCUGUAAAAAUGGCUUUGCAGCUAUGUUGUUUUCUUCCCAUUCUUGAAGAUGUUUCUGUCCAGUUUUGCAACCUUUUUUUUCAUACCAAACAGAAUGUUAAAAAUAUUGCACAGAUCUCUA